ACGAUGGAAGGAGGCGAGACAGUUAAAGUGUCGGUAGUGAUUGAUCCUAAACCUAACAUAAUACCAUGUUCGAACACAUUUACCGCCGAGGAGUUGUGCAUAUUAUUAUGUAAACAGUACAAAAUACCACCACUAACCCGUACUUUAUUUGCGUUAAGAGUGAGAGGAAGAAAUUACUUUCUCAAAGAUAACACCCGCGUUUUAUCAAGCACAAGAGAUUAUGAACUAAGGAUUCGUUUCAAGGUGCCAAGAAUAGGACUUCUAAUUACAUUGGAUGAAACUACAUAUGACUACUAUUUUCAACAAGCAAGGAAUGAUGUUUAUGAAAACAAGAUACCUGAAGUCAAGUAUCCUGAGCACAAGCCGGACCUUCUGGGCCUGGGUAUUACUGACAUGACACGGGCAGUUGUAGAGAAGAAUAUGACGCCGAAAGAAGUGGUAAAGAAUUACAAGAAAUUUAUACCAAAAGUAAUAGUGACCAAACAUGGGCCGUACCCGAAGAAAUACGCACACGACUACCUGCCCAACCUAGUCUCCGUGGGAAAUAGUGCAAAUCGCGUGAAGAAAUUGUACCUCCAACAUUUGUACGGCUUGGCGCCGAACUACCUGGCGGAGGAGUUCGAUAGCGUGCUCUGGCGGAACGGCAACGACACGGUGCCCGUGCGCAUAGUCGUCACCCCCUUCCACCCCCACGAGCCGGGCAUCAGGCUCUACAACACUGUCACUAGAAAGUGGUUUCACAUGUGCUCGAUAGAAGAAUUAAUUUAUUUGACGCGAAACGGCGACCUUUGGUUAGAAGUUUCUAGAAGAGGAACUCCAUUAUUUUUCAAAUUUAAGUCGGAAGAGCAGUUGUCAUCGUUCAUCUCUGUUUGUGAUGGUUACUACAGGCUGAUGGUGAAAUGGAUAUUCAAUUUAUCUAAAGACGAUGAGACUCCGUCUCUGAAAGAAUUACAAAGAAUCAAAUGCCACGGCCCUGUUGGCGGAGCAUUUUCGUAUAGAAAGUUAGAGGAGAAGAGAGCUAAGAAACACGGCAGUUAUAUUUUAAGACAAUGUCAGGACGAUUACAACCUAUAUUAUUUAGACGUUUGUACAAAAAAUAGCACGACAGAAACGUACCGCAUAGAAUACCACGGCCACUGUUACACGUUCAACGAGCAGGAGUUCCACAGCAUCGAGAAGAUAAUCGAGUACCACCAGAACCCCGACGGCAGGAUAUUCUUGAACGAGUGCAUACCGCCCUCGGAGUAUGACAAAUCACAGUUGCUAUUGUGUGGUGAACCACAGAAGAAGGGUGUGAGGAUUGACCAGGCAGAGUUACAGGAAAUAUUAAAAGAUAACAAGAGCCCCCGUUGCUUGCCAAGCAAAGACAUACUGCUCUAUACUGGUUCUGAAAAACUAGGCUCGGAAGGUUUAACGGCGACUUUCAAAGCGCUGUGGAGACUUGAUGAAACUAAAAAAUUAGUAGUAGCGUUCAAAACGCUACAAAGGGAGAAGACUAAUGACUAUUUAAAGGAUUUCAUCGAGCUGGCAAGCAAAUGGGCGUGCGUGCAAUCCACCUCCAUCGUGCGUUUGUACGGGAUCACUCUGAGUUCGCCGACUGCCAUGGUGCUAGAGUACCUGCCGUACGGACCCUUCGAUGACUACCUCAGGGAGCACGGUUCGACGGUGUCGGUGCUGAUGCUGAAGAAGGUGUCGGCGACGCUGGCCCGCGCGCUGUGGGACCUGAGCGAGGCGGGCGUGGUGCACGGGAGCGUGCGCUGCUCGCGCCUGCUGCUGGCCGCGCGCGACUCGCGCCUGCAGGUCAAGCUCGCCGGCCCCUCGCUGCGCCGCUACACCGCGCAAGAUGUUCACUGGAUCCCGGUGGAGUUGCACUCGGACAUGAGCCUGGCGCGGCGCUCGGUGGCCGCCGACAUCUGGGCGUUCGCCACUACCCUGUGGGAGGUGUUCUCCUACGGCCAGUCUCCCACCGACACCAACCCCAUCCUCACGGCGAGGAGCUACGAGAUGGGCGAGCGACUCAUGAGGCCGGCGCGGUGCCCGAGCGAGGUGUGGGCGCUGCUGCGGCCGUGCUGGCAGCCCGACCCGCCGCGCCCGCAGGCCAUCAUGCGGGACAUCAACCACAUGCUGCACGCCGAAUACGUACCUGUACAUCAAUAUGAAGAACCAAAGAUUUCUCUAGACAACAACAUGGACCACGCAGAUACUGUUUCAAGUGACAGAUUCAUUCCGAGCGAGAGCGACGCCGGCAGCAACAAAUCGUUGAUAUCGGAGGACAGCAGCGUGCAGUCUAUGAACGGAACGCUCUCCGAACAGUACAAUAAUUCGUUCGGCGACAGCCUGCGCUUCAACUCGCUGGGGUCGCUGGGGCUGCCGUACGGGCUGCGCGGCGGCGCGUCGGCGCGCUCGCUGAGCUCCGCGGGUGGCGCGGGCGCGGCGCUGGACGAGCUGCCCGGCGCGCAGCCGCGCCUCAUGGAGUCCAUCGUCAGCCAGGGCAAGACCUACCUCGUCACGCUCAACCGGAGGAUCGGCAGCGGUAACUACGGGCACGUGUUCAAGGGCGUGAUGGAGUGCGACAACCAGGAGUCGGACCGCAAGGAGGUGGCGGUGAAGAAGCUCACGCGCAACGCCGCCGAGCGCAACUCCACGCUCUACGAGGACUUCAAGAACGAACUCGAGAUCAUGAAGUCCCUGGUGCACGUGAACAUUGUGGAGAUCCUCGGCUACUCGUGGUCGGGCGGCGACGUGCUCAUCGUGAUGGAGUACCUCGAAGAGGGCUCGCUCAACUACUACCUCAAGUUCCAGGGCGACAAGCUGCGCACCGCGCACCUGCUCAAGUACUGUCUCGACAUCGCCUCUGGCAUGGACCACGUGUCCUCGAAAGGAAUCGUGCACCGCGACCUGGCGACGCGCAACAUCCUCGUGGUGAACAAGUACCACGUGAAGAUCUCCGACUUCGGGCUCGCGCGGAUCCUGCCGCGGGAGGAGGAUAACUACCGGCUCAAGACGCUGAGGCUUCUGCCCGUCAACUGGUACGCCCCCGAGUCUGCUGUGAAACCGUACAGUUUCUCGACGAAGAGCGACGUCUGGUCUUACGGCGUGACGGCGUGGGAGAUAUUCACGCGCGCGGCCGUCGAAGUGCCCAAGUUUGACGACGAGCGGCCCCUGGAGAGAGCCUCCUGUUUCCCCAACCCGAAAGACUGCCCCUGGGAGCUAUACGAGCACCUCAUGAAGAUCUGUUGGAAGCUCGACCCCAAGCAGCGGCCGACGUUCAUCAACCUCGUGCACACUUGCAAGCGCUUCAUGGAAGAGUACAAAUGAGGUACUGCGUCAUAGCUAGGCCGAAAGGUAACGAUUAAACCAUAUAGGGGUCGCCUAUUGCGAUGUAUAUAAACCACAUGCAACUGACCAAAUAGAUGUGCUGUUAACACAUUCGCUCCCAUAUAACUAAAAAACAGACAACAGCAUUUUAGUAAUUAUAUGGCUAUUAAGGGCUAUUGUUGAAGCGCACCAUUGUUUGCUUGACUGAACAAGUCUAUUCUUUCAGUUGCCUGUUGAGUAGGUGCGGUAAAGGAGAUUUAUGCGAUUGUCAUACUGUAUACCAAAUUGAUGUAGUUGAGCAACUGCAGCACUUGAAUUUUUAUGUAUAUGACAAAUUUUGCCUCACUUGCCUUUGGAAGAUCGUUUGGUGUUCUUAUUUUGAGUGUACGGGAGGAAACGUGCAAUUAUGUUUUUUUUCUAUCAUAUAAGCGCUCUAAUUUUAUAUUUUAACAUAGCACAUUAAAUCAUCUUUUGGUUUGUUACAUUCUGCUCCGAAGUUGUUUGUCAGACUUCAAAUGCUUGCCGACUCGUAAUCAGAAAUGAUAAUUUUGAAUGAAAAGUCGUAUAAUGGACAGGUAGGAAGAGUGUUGCUCACAAAAAAGACACGGUAACAGAACAGCAGCAGCUCAAGCAAGUCUGCUGCAAAUUACCGAAAAUAUAUCGAAAUUAUAGUGUUCGUUAAAACAAUAAAAGUAUAUAUUACAAAAAUUUUGGAAUUCGAAAAUAACGUGUUCUGAUAAUGUAGUAGUUUAUUAACAUGUACCUCAUGUUUCGUGUUAUUGUGUCUCUUUCAUGAAUGACUAAACGGGUAAAUCAUCGUUAUCAUGUAUAAUGUUAUGUUGUAUUAUAUAUUGUAAUAACGACGCGAUCAUUAUUUCAUUCAACGACGCGUGCUCUAAGUUAUACAUUUUUAUAAGUAAUGAUCAUAUUGUGGUUCCUGAAAGCAUUUUCAUCUGUAUCUUUUUCAUAGUUUCAUUUUAUACUUUUUGUAGUCUUAUUUAUUUGUAAGUGAUUUUACUCAUAUUGUUUUAUUGAUUUAACGAGAGAAAGUUGGCGAGAUAAUGGUUGCAAUAUAAUUUUAAUGUUUUAUAAGAUCUAAUUGUUAACAUAAUUUUAAUAUUUGACUCUAGGAUAGUUUAUGGAUUGAAGGCUUAGUGCUUUUGCUGCUUUCGAUAUUAGUAAAGUUAAAAAAAAUAUCGCACUUUUGCCUUAAUUCAGUGCGAAGAGUUGCCUACUUUUUGGCCUUUUAUUUACUAUUUCCUCGUAAAAUGGAAUAAUGCAAGCCAAGAGGUAUAAUAAUUCACGAUAAGCAACGAAAAGAGUUUUCGUUUUCCAUCACAUUGUCACCUCUAUCUGUUUUCAUUGGAAGGUGGAAGUAUUAAAGGUCCAAAACCAACAACUUGACUGCGUUUGCCAAGUUUAAUGUGUAGUAUAAUGGAUUUUAAACAAUUUAUUGCACUCGUGUGUAAUUGUUCUGUAUUUAUAAAUCUAAUUGGUUAGGUACCUAUUUACAAAAUUAAAAUUGGCAGCCAGAGGGACGAUUUCUGUUUUAUUAUAAUAAUAAACAAACAGCAAACACACCCCAAUGCGCAAACAUAGUAACGUAUACUUUCGUGUAAUAUCAAGUCAAAGCGUCACGAGAAAUGGAAUAGAAAUCCCUGAUGCAUCUAAUGAGGACAGAUAUGUGUCAAUUUAUUCAUGAUUCCUCUAGGGAACCCUAUGCCUAGCUCAGAUCGAAUCUUGCAUCUAUGUUCCAUGUAAUCCUGUAAUCUAGUGUUGAAGCAGCAGAAAGUAUCUAAAAUUAACCGGAAAUGUUUGCUAAAGAGCUUGGAUACUGUACAAAUUAUGUAAUUAUUAAACUACUAGAGUACGUUAAUUAUUAAAUACGCAAUGUAUGUUUUGAGAAGCUUAUUAUAGACUAGAGUCCCAGUACAGGGAAAUAAUAACAGGUGUUUUCAAGGGUAAAUGAAAUGAUAUCUCUUUUUUUUUGUUAGCCUGGUUUAGUGUCCCACUGCUGGGCAAAGGCCUCCCCUCCUUUCCUCCACUCCACCCUAUCGUUUGUACGUUCCCGCCAAUCCGGAUUAAAUGCGUCCAAGUCGUUUUUAAUAUCUCAAUAUGUUUUCGAAAUAAUUUAGAACGAAAGGUUAUUCUUUUAAAGGUUAAAAACCCUACCCUACAAUCCGAGGAGCUUGUCUGCCAAGUGUGUUUGUCUUAAAUCCUAACACGAUUCAUUCGUACCUAAACCUGCGAUGUUCUAGUCUAUGAAAAGUUUCUUAAGUAAUACUAUUAAAUUUUGCUAGUCCAAUUGUACUAGACAAAUCUCUGCAGUCAUCGUAAGAAUAAUUUUAACCACAUUUUACCCUCAUAGCGUGAUCAGUCUGAAUUUUCAUUUCCUAAGAAAACAAUCUUUACUGUGUGUGUCAUAUAUUCAUAAACAUGUACAGUUGAGUUCAAAAACAUGUUUACAAGCCAACGUUAUAAAAAUAUAUUUGCACGCUUCUAAGACACUGACAAUACUGUCGCGUAAAUAUAUUUUUGGAACGUUAGCUUGAAAAGAUGUUUGUAAACUGGACUGUAGGUACAAUUGAAGUUUUAUCCUUAGAAAUAUUUUUGUUUUACGCAUAGGUAUACGCAGUAUAUUUUUAAAAUGGAGAUAAUCUGUACUGUCAGAUAAAAUAUAUAAACGACGAUGAUGUAGAGUCGCCUUCAGAUAUAUCG